UCCCCAAAAUAACUCCCUCAAACCUCCGGGCUGGGUUGAACCAAAUAGCUCUAAAAAUACCCCGAAAAAAGUUUGUUUGGUUGUUUGGGGGGUGGAGGUGUGGGGGAGGCUUAAAGUGCUAUUAUUACUAAAAAAUUAUUUUUUUUAAGGUACACAGAGCCGUGGUCCCCGGACUGCACCUGGCACUGCUGCCCUGAAACCGGGUAGCAGAGAUGGAAGCUGCCCAGGUGCCCGAGGCAUUCGAAGAGGUGAUAGUGAUCGCCACGGAUAAGCAAUGGUCCCUCGCGACCCCCCUGCAGAAAAACCAGGCGCCUGCGCUCGAGCCAGCGUACAGCCCUGAGCUGCUCGUUCAUCUGGAGCAAGAGGAAGAGGCUUGGAUCCCCAACAUCCAGAGCUCUGAGGAUGAGGAACCAGUGAGACCCAUCAUGAGGCUGUGGGCGAGGAAGAGGAAGCGGUGGAAAAGCUGCCGAGAUGCAGCAAGUUCCUCCAGCUCCAACUCGUCCUACUCAGGUGAUGGGUUGACAAGCGAGAUGGAGGACAGUUCACAGGAAGAAGAGGGAGAGUGGGUGGAGCUGCGUGGUGAGACCGUGAUGAAUCCCAAAGAUGAAAUCUCCCUGGGUUACGAGCACCACAAGAGCCACUCGGGAUGGAGAUCGGCUUCCUCCAGCCACAAAGGGAGGAAGCAUCCACGCAAGAGCCCAUUGAGGAUAGAGAUAGGGCAGCACAAGCACGCGUGCAGGAAGUGUGGGAAGAGCUUCAGCCGUGGCUCAUCCCUCAACAGACACCAGAGGGUCCACGUGGCAGAGAAACCCUCCACGUGCUGCAAGUGCGGGAGAAGUUUUGUGUGUAGCUCCAACCUCAAAGACCACCUGAAAAACCCCUGCCAGGAGAAACCCUACAAGUGCCCCAAGUGCGAGAAGCGCUUUGCGUCCAGCAGGUCCCUCCAGAAGCAUUGCAAGCUCCACCACGGGAGCAACGUGUACCAGUGCUCCGAGUGCGGGAAAAACCUCACUUCCAACUCCGCUCUUCUAAUCCACCACAGGAUACACACCGGCGAGAGGCCCUACGAGUGCCCCGAGUGUGGGAAGAGCUUCAUGGCCAACAAGUCGCUCAGCAAGCACCGCAAGAGCCACACAGAGGACGGGAUCUUUACCUGUCCAGACUGUGGGAAAAAACUCACUUCCAACUCAACCCUCAUCAUCCACCGGCGCAUACACACCGGCGAGAGGCCCUACGAGUGCCCCGAGUGUGGGAAGCGCUUCAUGGCCAACAAGUCGCUCAGCAAGCAUCGCAAGAGCCACCUGGAGGAGGGUACCUAUAAAUGUCCCCAGUGCAGGGAAAUCUUUGCAAAGAACUCGGCCUACGUAGCCCAUCUCAGGACCCACCAGGGACAGCCCCCUUAUCCCUGCUCUGACUGCGGGGAAGCCUUCUUUGAAAGCUCGACGUUCAACCAACACCGGAAAAAGCACUUGGUAGGGAAACCCUAUCAGUGCCCUGACUGCGGAAUGGGCUUCACUGCUCUCUCAGCCCUCCUCCUCCACCAGAAAAGCCACGUGGGGCCCAGGCCCCACGUCUGCUCCGACUGCGGGAAAGCCUUUCGGGAGACCACGACCCUCCGCAGGCACCAGCGCAUCCACACGGGUGAGAAGCCCUACCACUGCUCGUACUGCGAGAAAAGCUUUCGGGCCAGCUCCACCCUCAUCAUCCACCAGAGGAUCCACACCGGGGAGAAACCCUACAAAUGCACCAAAUGCACCAAGUGCUUCAUGUCCAGCUCUUCCCUCAUGAAGCACCUGCGGAUGCACCUCCGGAAGGAGCUGCACAGUGAAUGAGUUGGUUAGGCCCAGACCUUCCUUGGGGGCCUUUGGGUCUUCAUCCCCGUGACAUCGCAGCUCCUCCACAUCCCAUCCAUCCUAGAACUUGAGUUUCGCUGCUGCUUGUGCCUUCAGCUCCGAGCAUAACUUUUACUGUUCCUGCCAAACAACCCUCUGAAGAUUAUGUCUGUGAUUUGAGGAGGACCAGGCAUGCAGCUGUUCGUCACGGCACAGCUUCUCCUGGUGCUUAGGGAAAGUGGUGGUCAGUCAGUCCCCAGUCCCGCGAUGGCUUUGGGGAUGGUGGGAGCCCAGUGGGAUGGAGGACGACUGGGUUAGGGGAUGGUAGGACAGCAACAGGAUGGAGGAUGAUGAGGUUUGAGGAUGGUGGAAACCCAGCAAAAUGGAGGAUGAUGAGGUUUAGAAGAUGGUGGGACCUCACUGGGAUGAAGGUGGAUGGGGUUUGUGGUGGUGGAUCUCCACUGGAAUGGAAGACAAUGAAAUUUUGGGAGAUGGGUCCCUGCUGGGAGGAAGGAGGAUGGGUUUGGGGAUGGUAGGAUCUCAGUAGGAUAAGGUAUGAGGGUUUUUGGGGAUGGUUAGACCCCACAUGGGUGGAGAUGGAUGAUGGGGUUUGGAGACCACUGCUAUGGGAUGCAGUGUCUUCCAAACACAUUUCCUUCCCCAGUUUCCCCACUGUGUCUGCUCUUGAUUUUAAUGCUGCCAUGUUUAAAAUAAACCCCAAUGAAUUUGG